CUUUUUUGGAUAUUUUCGUGGCAGCAUCAUAAUGAGAGACUACGUCGAAACUGCUGGCAACCACUUUUGCCGCGUUUAAUUUCUUUCUGAGGCUUAUAUAAAUAGAUCAAAGGGGAAAGUGAGAUAUAAUACAGACAAAACAAGAGAAAAGAUAAAGAAAAUGGGUUUGAGAAGAACAUGGUUGGUUUUGUACAUUCUCUUCAUCUUUCAUCUUCAGCACAAUCUUCCUUCCGUGAGCUCACGACCUUCCUCAGUCGAUACAAACCACGAGACUCUCCCUUUUAGUGUUUCAAAGCCAGACGUUGUUGUGUUUGAAGGAAAGGCUCGGGAAUUAGCUGUCGUUAUCAAAAAAGGAGGAGGUGGAGGAGGUGGAGGACGCGGAGGCGGUGGAGCACGAAGCGGCGGUAGGAGCAGGGGAGGAGGAGGUGGCAGCAGUAGUAGCCGCAGCCGUGACUGGAAACGCGGCGGAGGGGUGGUUCCGAUUCAUACGGGUGGUGGUAAUGGCAGUCUGGGUGGUGGAUCGGCAGGAUCACAUAGAUCAAGCGGCAGCAUGAAUCUUCGAGGAACAAUGUGUGCGGUCUGUUGGUUGGCUUUAUCGGUUUUAGCCGGUUUAGUCUUGGUUCAGUAGGGUUCAGAGUAAUUAUUGGCCAUUUAUUUAUUGGUUUUGUAACGUUUAUGUUUGUGGUCCGGUCUGAUAUUUAUUUGGGCAAACGGUACAUUAAGGUGUAGACUGUUAAUAUUAUAUGUAGAAAGAGAUUCUUAGCAGGAUUCUACUGGUAGUAUUAAGAGUGAGUUAUCUUUAGUAUGCCAUUUGUAAAUGGAAAUUUAAUGAAAUAAGAAAUUGUGAAAUUUAAACCUCCCUCAAUCUUAAACGUUAUAUCUUUUAAACGCUAACUUGUUAAAGUGAC